GUCUCCUCUUCUGAUCUCCUGGACCUCCGUCCAAUUGAGCCGCCCCUGUUCCGUAUUAACCACCAUCCAUCCCUGACUAUCACAUCCUUUGCCAUACGGGCUCAGGUCAUGUUCCGUAUUAUCAUAUUCGUUGGUCAAUUGUCGCCGAUCCCCUUUCUAUUAACCAAGCGCCGUAAGGGAGAUGCCUGUCUCUAAAUCGGGUUUCCCAAAAGUUCCAGAAACAUGGAAGCAGCGCCACAGAAGAGCUUUCAGCUUCUCUCCUCUGGCCAGAUUUACUGCCUUGCUAGCAGAUGGCGUACGUGAAGCCGUCCAGAUUUACUGUGAACUGACCCGCCUGGGCGCUAACAUGAAGGUCAUUGAUAUUGGCGGUGGUCUUGGAAUUGACUACGAUGGUUCGAAAUCCACGGAUUCCGAUUUGGCCGUGGGCUAUACACUUCAAGAAUAUGCUUCUGCCGUCGUUCAACACGUGGGAUAUGUCUGUGACCGGAAGGGUGUCGCCCACCUUGUUCUUUGCAGUGAAACUGGCAGAGCAAUUGUUUCUCAUCACUCUGUUCUGAUAUUCGAAGCUGUUUCUUCCGUCAAUAACAAAAGCUCUCUUCACCACCAGCAAAACAAUCUCCCUAACAAUGUUGACCAUCAAUUCUUCUUGGAAAAUACGGAGUAUAACACAAAUAAUAAGUAAAUACCGUUAAUGGUAAUUUUUACAUUCAAUCAGCAAUUUCAGCUAAUGUAUUAUCAAACACUUUCAUUUCAACCGUUUCAGUCUUUUCAGGCUUUUCAGCCCUUCCAGCCAGUUCAACUGGUUCCAAACAGGCCCUUAAUAUGCAUAUUAAAAUUUAUAGGACUCACAAAAUGUUAUAGAUGAAUAGUACCUCCGUCUCAAUUUGAUGAACAUGUUUCUGAUUCACUUGGUC